UUCUUCCCACUACGAUAUACCUGUUUUUAUUACUACUAUAACAACAUCCGCCACUCAGUCGGCGCUCGGACCAGGGCUAUCUAUUUACCCUGUUGGUUGCAUUUUGGUUUAUAUUUUUAUUUUGGAUUAUUCGGUUUUGUUUUUUGGAUGGUGUGGCCAUGAAUGAAUUUCACGGCGGUGGGACUGAACACAUUUAGGAGUACAUGAUGACGAUCACGAAUGACGAAAUUGAUGUUGAAAUGUGGGUGGGCUUUUUUUGCAUUUGCCCGCUCCUAUUUACUACAGAGGAAAGAAACAAACAGACGAACCAUAGACAUGGAAAUAUUUUGGUCCUUUUUCAUUUUCCUCCAAUUUUUUUACUUUAGGUUUCUUAGGCAUAAAGAACUGCCCCGGGAUCGGGUAUCUAUGCAGUCCGUAUAUAAGUAUAUAACUAUUAGUUGUUCGGACUUCGAAGAGAUUCUAGUGUCCCAAUCGUUAAGGCUGAUGAUGAUGAGAUUUGGGUACGUAGGUACAUACUUACUUACCUAUCAUUCCACUGAUGUGGAUAUAAUAUGAUGUAGGUGUUCUCGGUAUAUACUUCCUGGCGAUUCUAUCGGUGAAGUCAUACAUCACACGUUCAUCUAGUAGUUGAUACACAUGAGA